GUGCUAGAGCUGGCCGGCUCUGGCUGCAUGGCUGCGGGGCAUUAGGACCCGGAGGUUGCCGAGUGGAGGAGGCUGAAUCCCCCUCCCGCUGUCAUCCUCGCUGCCUCUGCAGCUUUAUUCCUCAUCUCCUUCAAUGGUGACUGACUACCUCCCGCCCGGGCUGGAAGCCAGAGCGAGAAGGCCUCGGUAGGACCGGCUCCUCGGCGGCUCCAUGGCAUCUCCCAGGACUAUCACCAUCGUCGCCCUCUCGGUGGCCCUGGGGCUCUUCUUUGUCUUCAUGGGGACCAUCAAACUGACCCCCCGGCUCAGCAGAGAUGCCUAUAACGAGAUGAAGCGAGCGUACAAAAGCUACGUGCGGGCCCUCCCCAUGCUCAAGAAGAUGGGAGUCAGCUCCAUCCUCCUCCGCAAGAGCAUCGGCGCCCUGGAAGUGGCGUGUGGCAUCGUCAUGACGCUGGUGCCUGGGCGCCCCAAAGACGUGGCCAACUUUCUCCUCCUCCUCCUCGUGUUGGCCGUGCUCUUCUUCCACCAGCUGGUGGGGGAUCCGCUCAAGCGUUACGCCCACGCUCUAGUCUUUGGGAUCCUGCUCACCUGUCGCCUGCUGAUCGCCCGCCAGCCCGAGGAGCAGCCGCUGGAGAAGAAGAUCCUCUCGGUGAAUGGGGAUGAGCAGCCGCUCAUCCACGAAGCAGCUCCCGAGAAAGGCAAAAUGAAAGUGUCCUAGUUGAGCAAACGUGAGAAAUACGGACCCUCGAGGCAGCUCUCUCCGAAAUCACCCAGAAAACUUGUUUAUUUAUUUACCUAUUUAUAUUUUUUUGUCUGUCUAAAUAAAGUUGCACUUGGGGUCUGAGAGACAC